CUUAUCACCACAACUCACUACUUUGUACCUCAAUCUAGAGAGAGAGAGAGUAAAACUUUUAGAGAGAGAAAAAAAGAAUGGAGGGUAAGGAAGAAGAUGUUAGGCUUGGAGCCAACAAGUUCUCAGAGAGGCAACCCAUUGGAACAUCAGCUCAAACUGACAAAGAUUACAAAGAACCACCACCAGCACCUUUGUUUGAGCCUGGUGAACUGGCUUCAUGGUCUUUUUAUAGAGCUGGAAUUGCUGAAUUUAUAGCAACUUUCUUGUUCUUGUAUAUUACUGUGUUGACUGUUAUGGGUGUGGUCAAAUCUCCCACUAAAUGUGGGACUGUGGGUAUUCAAGGUAUUGCUUGGGCUUUUGGGGGUAUGAUCUUUGCCCUUGUCUACUGCACUGCUGGUAUCUCAGGAGGACACAUUAACCCAGCAGUGACUUUUGGUUUAUUGCUAGCAAGAAAGCUAUCUUUAACCAGGGCAGUGUUCUACAUGGUUAUGCAGACCCUUGGAGCCAUCUGUGGUGCAGGUGUGGUCAAGGGUUUCAUGGGCAAGAACCAGUUCACCACUUUGGGUGGUGGGGCCAACUCUGUAGCCCAUGGUUACACCAAGGGUAGUGGGUUAGGUGCUGAGAUUGUUGGUACUUUUGUCCUGGUUUACACUGUAUUUUCAGCCACUGAUGCCAAAAGAAGUGCCAGAGACUCACAUGUUCCUCUUUUGGCCCCCCUCCCAAUCGGGUUCGCAGUGUUCUUGGUUCACUUAGCCACCAUCCCCAUCACUGGAACCGGUAUCAACCCUGCAAGAAGUCUAGGAGCUGCAAUCAUCUACAACAAGGAUCACGCUUGGAACGACCACUGGAUUUUCUGGGUUGGUCCCUUCAUUGGAGCUGCACUUGCUGCUGUGUACCAUCAACUGGUCAUCAGGGCCAUUCCUUUCAAGAGCAGAUCUUAAAUUAUGAUGUUGUGUGUGUAAAUUAUGGAUGCUAUUUGUAUUUAAGCUCUUCAUGGAAUGUUGUACUCUUGUUUGAGAAGUUAUGAAGGUGGUGUACUAAUUAAUGAUAUUUAAUGGUGAAGAGAAUUAUUAAUUUGGCUGGAA